CUCUCCCCAUUAUCACGGGCAUCUGCCUUCCCCUCCAAUCUUCCUCAGGUGCUUUCCUUCUCACAGAUCUCCGAAAAAGAGAGACACCGACCUCCUUCUGCUCUCCUCGCCAUCCCUCCCAUCGGUCUCUGCCAUCACCUUCCUCCCUAUCAUCACCGGCAUCUUCCCCUUCGAUCUCUCUCAGGAGUCUCAAACGGGUAGGAGGCUCGGAGCGGCCAAAUUGGAAAGUUUAGAUCGGUUCUCUGGAGUCUCAAUCGGGCGGGAGGCUUGGAGGGGCCGAACAGGGAAGUUGGACGAUGGCCAGGGGUUUUUCCAGUGGCGUUGUUCAAGAACUAUUAGACAAGCUGGAGUCUGGAUAGAGAAUAUAACUUGUCCAGAACAUGAAAGGACGCCAGUCUCCUCCUCUCGUCUAGAUGGAGGCGCCGCCACUCUCCUCCGGGGUUGCUUCUAACCUUCGACCUUCUCCCCUUCUUCCUCGUCUUUCUCCCAUAGGCAGAUUGUGGAAUCCGAGAGAGCCCUGUUCCAAAUCCAAGAAGCAUCUCUCCGUCCACGCCUCCUUGUCCCAAGAUUCGACGGUCACCCUGCUGGAUUAUGGUGCUGGAAAUGUCCGGAGCGUGCGCAAUGCCAUCCGGUAUCUGGGGUUCGAUAUCAAAGAUGUUCAAAAACCAAAAGACAUUCUUAGUGCAAACCGCCUUGUUUUUCCUGGGGUUGGUGCCUUUGCUGCAGCAAUGGAAGUGUUAAAUCACAAUGGGAUGGCUGAAGCACUCUGUAUGUACAUAGAGAAGGACCGCCCCUUUUUAGGUAUUUGUCUUGGGCUUCAAUUGCUUUUUGAGUCUAGCGAGGAGAAUGGUCCAGUUAAAGGUCUUGGCUUGGUACCUGGUGUGGUUGGACGUUUUGACUCUUCAAGUGGUCUCAGAGUACCUCAUAUUGGCUGGAAUGCUGUGCAAAUUACUAAAGACUCUGGAAUUUUGGAUGACAUUGAAGGCCAACAUGUCUAUUUUGUUCACUCAUAUCGUGUGCUCUCUUCAGAUGCCAAUAAAGAUUGGGUCUCAUCAACAUGCAACUAUGGUGAAAGCUUCAUUUCAUCUAUAACAAGGGGGAAUAUUCAUGCAGUCCAGUUUCACCCAGAAAAGAGUGGAGAUAUUGGGCUUUCCAUAUUGAGAAGGUUUCUCAAUACAUCAUCGUCAAAGACAAAAAAAUUGGCUUGUGGAAAAGCAUCAAAACUUGCAAAGAGAGUUAUCGCAUGCCUUGAUGUGAGGACGAAUGAUAAAGGGGAUCUUGUAGUAACCAAAGGGGACCAGUAUGAUGUAAGAGAACAUAGAGACAGAGAUGAGGUGAGAAACCUUGGCAAGCCAGUGGAGCUUGCAGGUCAGUAUUAUAAGGAUGGUGCUGAUGAGGUUAGUUUUUUAAAUAUAACAGGCUUCCGUGACUUUCCUCUGGGAGAUUUGCCAAUGUUACAGGUACUGCGCUGCACAUCUGAAAAUGUUUUUGUACCACUAACAGUUGGUGGUGGUAUAAGAGACUUCACAGAUGGAAAUGGAAGGCACUAUUCAAGCUUGGAAGUGGCAUCAGAAUACUUCAGGUCUGGUGCAGAUAAGAUUUCAAUUGGAAGUGAUGCAGUUUUUGCUGCAGAAGAAUAUAUAAGAACCGGAGUGAAGACUGGAAAGAGCAGCUUAGAGCAAAUUUCACGUGUCUAUGGUAAUCAGGCAGUAGUUGUAAGUAUUGAUCCUCGCAGAAUGUAUGUCAGGAGCCCUGAUGAUGCCGAAUUUAAGACUGUAAAAGUGACAACUCCAGGUCCAUUGGGAGAAGAAUAUGCAUGGUACCAGUGCACAGUCAAUGGUGGACGUGAGGGUCGACCUAUUGGAGCUUAUGAGCUUGCAAAAGCUGUUGAAGAACUUGGAGCUGGGGAAAUACUGCUAAAUUGCAUUGAUUGUGAUGGUCAGGGUCAAGGGUUUGAUAUAGACCUGAUCAAGCUGAUAUCAGAGGCUGUCACAAUUCCUGUCAUUGCAAGCAGUGGUGCUGGUGCCGUUGAACAUUUCUCUGAGGUUUUUAAGAAAACAAGUGCUUCAGCUGCUCUUGCUGCUGGUAUUUUCCAUCGCAAGGAGGUCCCCAUUUUAUCAGUGAAAGAGCACUUGUUGCGAGAAGGUAUUGAGGUCAGAACAUGAUGGACGAGCGCAAAUGGCAUAGUAGCACAAAUACUUCAAUGGAUUCUGUCAUCUUCAAAAUGGGGCAGCGCAAAUUCAUUUUAUUUUAGACUGAUGAUUUCAUGUGUUUUUAUUUUUUUCCACAGUUAUGUUUUAUCGAGCAGGAUGAAACUCCAUGUUUACAUUAGUUGGCUUUUUAUUUACGGCUGCCCCUGUGCUCUUUUGGUCAUGUUAAAGAAUUUGUAGUGACGUAAUAACAACUGAAGGAGAAGAUGCACACCAACCAAAAACAUGAUCACGCUCAUCGAUUUGGGCUGAAUAAUGUGUUACGAUCUUUGUUUCGUAUCAGUGAGGAGUAAAAGAAAAGCAGAGGAAAAUGGGCUCAUUUCUCAUCCUGACAGCAGCAGCUAAGCCACGCUGGUAUUUGAACCUGGGAAAGAGGUCUCUCCUUUGCCUGUCAGUUAUAGUUUUUGAAUUAUAUAUCUAUUUGGAAUCCUGAUUAAGUUCCAUUACGGAUGAGGUUUCAGGGCCUUUGGUAUGCCAUAUGGGCACUACUGAUAAGUUUCUCUACUUGGCGCGAUUAAGUAUUUCUGUAUUCCACUAUUGUAUGUGAGCUCAUGUUCUUCACCGCGCUCUACCAUACCGUGUGCUGCUGUUCUUACGGUGGAGGAAAACCAAGAAAAGUCAAAGCACCAAGUUGUUUUUAAUGGCCUAGUUGCUAGAAUGAAUUUUCUUUCAUUUUAUUUCUUAUAACCCAUGAUAGCUUAGAAUAUGCAAGAUUGUUGGGUUUCUAGUUUAGAUGUCAAUUUGGGAAUUGAUUCAGUGAGUUGUGAUGCAAACAAUGUGCAGGCGUGCACGUGCACUUUGUGGAGGUAAAUCUGUCUCUCAGAAAUUAGCACUGUAACAAUCGUUGCCUCUGAAUUCUAAAUUUAUAUUAUCUAGUCUCGGUGGGCAGACUUGGCAUGGCUUGUAAACAGCUUAUAAAUGUCAUUUUGAU